CUUCCGGCUGAGGGAGGAGCGGCCUGAGGCGGGGGGCGCGGCGGCGGCGGCGGGGCCGGGCGGCCGGGCCGCGGAGAUGCUGUGCACGGCGGCGGUGAUGGCGGGGAGCCUGGCGCUCACCACGGCCGUGGUGGCGCACGCCUACUACCUCAAGCACCAGUUCUACCCCACCGUGGUUUAUCUCACCAAAUCCAGCCCCAGCAUGGCCGUUCUCUACAUCCAGGCCUUCGUGCUGGUUUUCCUGCUGGGCAAAUUCAUGGGCAAGGUUUUCUUCGGGCAGCUGCGGGCGGCGGAGAUGGAGCACCUCCUGGAGCGCUCGUGGUACGCGGUGACGGAGACCUGCCUGGCCUUCACCGUCUUCAGGGACGACUUCAGCCCCCGCUUCGUCGCCCUCUUCACCCUCCUCCUCUUCCUCAAGUGCUUCCACUGGCUGGCCGAGGACCGGGUGGACUUCAUGGAGCGGAGCCCCAACAUCUCCUGGCUCUUCCACUUCCGUAUCGUGUCCCUCAUGUUCCUGCUGGGGAUCCUGGAUUUCCUCUUCGUCAGCCACGCGUACCACAGCAUCCUCACGCGGGGAGCCUCCGUCCAGCUGGUUUUCGGCUUCGAGUACGCCAUCCUCAUGACCAUGGUCCUCACCAUCUUCAUCAAGUACGUCCUGCACUCCAUCGACCUGCAGAACGAGAACCCCUGGGACAGCAAAGCCGUCUACAUGCUGUACACGGAGCUCUUCACGGGUUUCAUCAAAGUCCUCCUCUACAUGGCCUUCAUGACCAUCAUGAUCAAAGUGCACACCUUCCCCCUCUUCGCCAUCCGCCCCAUGUACCUGGCCAUGAGGCAGUUCAAGAAAGCCGUGACCGACGCCAUCAUGUCCCGCCGCGCCAUCCGCAACAUGAACACGCUCUACCCCGACGCCACCCCGGAGGAGCUGCAGGCCGUGGACAACGUCUGCAUCAUCUGCCGCGAGGAGAUGGUGACGGGCGCCAAGCGCCUGCCCUGCAACCACAUCUUCCACACCAGCUGCCUGCGGUCGUGGUUCCAGCGGCAGCAGACGUGCCCCACGUGCCGCAUGGACGUGCUCCGCGCCUCCCUCCCCGCGCAGCCCCCCCCGGAGCCCCCCGAGCAGCCGCAGCCCCCGCCGCAGACCCCGCCGGCGCCGCAGCCCCCGAACUUCCCGCAGGGGAUGCUGCCGCCCUUUCCCCCGGGCAUGUUCCCCUUCUGGCCCCCCGUGGGGCCCUUCCCUCCCGCCCCCAACGGCUCCGAAAACCCGGCUCCGAGCCCCGCUGCCGCUUCAGCUCCCAGGGCCGCCGACGCCUCCGCCCUUCCCCUCCCGCCCCCGUGGCUGGCGAUGCCGUGGCCUCCGCUUUUCGGGUUCCCCCCGAUGCCGGUGCCCCCCGCGGGCUUCGCGGGGCUGACGGCGGAGGAGCUGCGGGCGCUGGAGGGCCACGAGCGGCAGCACGUGGAGGCGCGGCUGCGGUGCCUGCGGGACAUCCACACGCUGCUGGACGCCGCCAUGCUGCAGAUCAACCAGUACCUGAGCGUGCUGGCGGCGCUGGGGCCCCCCCGGCCCCCCACCGCUGCCCCCCAACCCCCCACCACCACGGAGCCCGGUGCCCCCUCGCCCCCCGCCGAGCCCAGCUCCUCCGAUCCCCCGGGCCCCUCAGGCGCCGAAGGCUUCACCCCCCGCCCCGAGGAGGAGGAAGAGGAGGACGAGGAGGAGGAGGCCGAAGGCUCACCCGUGCCCGGCGAACCCGACACGGCCGAGCUGCGCCGCCGCCGCCUGCGGAAACUGGGGGACCCCGAGCCCCCCGCGGACGAGGCCGCCCCCGGUUACCCCCCGGACUUCGAGAAGUUCUGGCGGGCGGCGCGCGACAACCCCCACGACUUCACCGCCUGGACCGAGCUGCUGCAGUACGUCGAGCAGGAGAACCACCUGCCGGCCGCCCGCAAGGCUUUCGACGCCUUUUUCUCGCACUACCCGUACUGCUACGGCUACUGGAAGAAGUACGCCGACAUGGAGCGCCGCUUCCACUGCGGGCCCGAGACCGAGGAG